AUGUCUGCCUCGAGCACGAGCAGCCGGAGUGAGUCCCCCCUCGCGUUUGCUACCGCACCGAACGCGGACGCGGAGGACUGGGUGAAGGCGUGGGGGCAGGUCCUCGCGAGAGACCUGAUAGACUCGCCGGUCAUUGCCAUCGACGCGGACAUAAGCGUCGAGGAUGCCUGCGACAUGCUCCUCUCGAAAGACAUCGCCUGCCUCGCUGUGAACGCCCGCCCAGGGACCUCGCCGCGCAGCACUCUGUAUCACGGGUUGUUCGACUUCUCCGACGUGAACGCAUUCUUGACGCUCGCGGCGACCCAACACAAGCUCGCCUCGGAAGCUUUGAAAGGAAGACCGCGUAUACAGGAGAUCCUGGCUGCCGCCAAGGCUGGGCGGGUACCAGUCCACCUCGUGAGCAAUCUCUCCGAGAAGAAUCCGCUCGAGACGCUCCCGCAUGACGCGACGAUUUCUGAGACAGACUCCACCUUCCUCGGGAUGGUCUCCGACAGACGGCUGCUCUCCUGGUUCACGGCGUUCUGCCAAUCCUCGCCGUCCUUCCUCCGCUAUCUCACCAAUCCCCUGAGCUCGCUCUCCCUUCCGUCGAUGUACCUGUAUCUCAGCGUCAGCGUGUUGGACGCGAUGAAGCUCAUGAGCGAGGAGGGCGUGAGCACGAUCGCGAUCGUGGAGGAGGAGGGUAGACUGCUCAGCGCUGUGAGCGUCAGCGACAUCGGGAAGAUCGUUGUGCCCCAGCAGGACAACCAGAUUCUCACUAUGCCGCUCAAUCAGUUCGUCGCUAUGAUCAAGUCAGAGCCCGACGGGUCGACAGACGGUGUGGACAAGUUCCCCGUGUACAGUGUCUCUCCUAACAGCACGCUAUACUACACGAUGCAGAAGCUUCUCGCUACAUCCUCGCAUCGGCUCUUCGUGACUGACGACGCUGCACACUCACCUUCGUCCUUCCCUCCCACGAGCACCGGAAACCUCACAGGCAUUGUUUCCACCGUCGACGUCCUCUCCCUCUUCGCACGCAUCGCGAAUCUGCCCGACGUCGACCCUACGCGGAUGCAGCGCCACCGGCGCGCGUCGUCCACGUCCAGCAACUCCAACUCGUCGGGCUCGCGGUCGAGCGGGCGGAGCAGCUUCAGCUUCGGCACGGGCGACGGGCGCUCGCGGUCGAGCAGCAGGACGAGCCUCGGGCGGCUGUCGUUCUCCGGGGGCUCGGGCAUACCGAGCGCGGACGGGAAGGGGUUCCAGUGGGCGGAGAGGGUGCUGUCGCCGGGGAAGCCGCAGUGA